CGAUUUGAUUUUUUGAAGAUCAAAACACACGAGCUUCUAAAAGAAUCUCAUAUAGAGAAUUGCCAGAAGAUAAGAAGGAAGAAAUACGUAGGAAACAACGAGAGAGAUAUGCUAAACAAAAAGCAUUGAAAAACUACCAAAUUGAUACGACUAAUUCAAGUUAUUUGAAUCGUAACAAUUUACCUUUAUGUACUGAUGAUCAUGCGGCAUCUACAAGUACACAACAUUCGUAUUAUCAUGCUGAUAAUAUUAACAAUGAUCGACAACAUGGAGAUGAUCAAAACAACCGAGCUUCUAAAAGAAUCUCAUAUAGAGAAUUGCCAGAAGAGCAGAAGGAAGAAAUACGUAGAAAACAAUGAGAGAGAUAUGCUAAACAAAAAGUAUUGAAAAACUAUCAAAUUGAUACGACUAAUUCAAGUUAUUUGAAUCGUAACAAUUUACCCCCAUGUACUGAUGAUCAUUCGACAUCUACAAGUACGCAACAUUCGUAUUAUCAUGCUGAUAAUAUUAACAAUGAUCGACAAGAUAGACAUGGUGACAGAGUAUCAAAGAGACAAUGCAAUCAUCAUACCAACUUAAGCUCUACUGACAAGAGAUCUUCUUAUCAAGAUCUAGAUUCUUCAAAUGGAUGCAGUGGUAAAAAUAGUCUCUACCAAAAUUCAUCUUCCGAAAAUAAUGGGAGAUUUGAUCAGAUACAUUCAGUUGAUCUCGAGAACUCAAUUAGCCACACAAUUAUGUCAACAACUUCUAGAAAUGCCGACUCUACACCAAUCAGUUGAUGACAUCACUCCAACCACAGUUGGAUGGAAAAUAAAAAUGACAGUUCUACAAAAAUUUCCACCACGAACAAGCAUGAGUUCACCAGUCCGAUAUCAGAAGCUGUUUUUAUCUGAUCCAAAGGGGACGAGAGUAGAUGCAGUAAUUUUCGCAGAAGAUAUUGAAGCUUUGGAGGACACUUUGCAUGAGUUACACACCUACCACAUCAGUGAUGCCCGUGUCAACAGAACCCCUGCCAGAUACCUUAAAAAUGGCACAAAUUACCAUUUUAGCUGGACGCUGAACUCAAAAACACAAGUUGUUGAAGUCCAAGAAGAAGAAAAACAAAUUUCUAAGCCAGUCCAUGAGUUCGUUUCGUUUAAGAACUUGUCAUCUGACAAAUACUCCAACACACCACAAGAUAUCAUAGGAGUAGCUGUCAAAAUAAACCCAACAAAAGGGGUGAACACAGUGUAUGGACAUCGAACCAUACAAGAAAUUUAUCUAAUCGAUGACAGCUGUAGCUUCCACCCGAUAUGUUUAACUCUGUGGGGUGCUUUGGUACAAGAUAUUAGUGAAAAAUUGUCUGAAGUUACUGGAAACAACCCAAUAAUAAUGGGAACAAAGAUGAUUGUUCAAACUAAGAGAGGACUGUCGUUGUCAAGCCGUGAAUCAAGUACAAUCGAAAUCAAUCCUGACAAUUACGAAGCAACUACUCUUCAUCAAUGGGCUGAAAAUAACAAAGCAGACAUAAAUAAUAUUACUAUUCAAGCACCUACAUAUCAGUAUUCUCUAAAUUCAUCUGCUGCAAACCGAGAAUAUGUUAAUAACAACGAAGUUACCGAUUUGGUAAAGCAAUUAAAACCAACUCAGAAAGCAUAUUAUUGGAUUGAAGCUGAAAUCAUAUUAAAUAAUAUCAACCAAGAUUUUUAUUACAUGUCGUGUGAUUUUUGUAAUAAGAAACUUAUGUUCUACAACGACAACGAAGAAACAAAUUGUGAAAAUCCAAAAUGCGGAAAAAGAUGUCUUCCUACACCACGUGCAAGGACAUAUGUACAACUCGACGAUGGUACAGAGUUGCUAGAUGCUGUGAUGUUCGGUGAUGUUGCAGAAAACAUAUUCUCAUGUACUGCAGUUCAAUUAAGAUCAUAUUCGGACGAGAAACAUAAGUUGUUUGUCCAAAAAACUACGAAGCAAUUAUCAGCAAAAAAAUGGAGAAUUCAGUUGUACGUAGAUGCAAACCGAACAAUGAGUUCAAAGUACAAUCAGUUCACCAUUCAAGCAGUUGAACCAAUGGAAGAUUAGGCAGAAGUUACCCUUUUUUUUUACAGUAAUUUUAUUUUAUUUAGUGUUAAGACUUUUCUUGGUGUCGAGCUUCUUUCACUUUCUAUUUACUUGUUCUCUAUGGAUUUACAUGGAGUAUUGUAUGCAAGUAUUUCAUAUACCCAAUUUUCUAGAAGUAAAUAAUAAGUAUCAUUUUAUUAUGAUUUAUAUAUA